AGUGAUUUGGUAUUAUAUAUACAUGACAUUAGCAUUGGUGACAAUCAGACUUAGUUUUUCUUUUCUUGAUUAAACCCUUUGGUUUUCUUGAUUUUGCAAUUAUGGGAACUUCUCUUCUUCGCUCCCAUGAUUGUCUUCAAGGCCGCGAUGCUUUGUCCCUUAAUUCAUCUUCAAUUAGAUCACAAGAAAACCCUAAUCUCAACCCCAUACCGUACGAGACUCGCCGCCGGAGGCUCUACGUCGGUGAUCGCUCCAGUAUGGUGGUGAAGGCCCACGACCCAAACCUCGUCAUGGGCCAAGUCAAGAUCCUCAAGAGAGGCGAGAAGCUGAGCCCCGUCAACACCCAUUCCAGCGAUGAUCGUUUUGAUCUGGCUUUGGGAUCCACAAACCGGUUGGGUCCGGAACCGAGUUCUGUUCCGGUUCCGGGGUUCCUCAGUCUGAGGCGGUGAUGAUGAAUUGGUUGAUGGUAUUGUUAGAUUUGGGCGUGGAUUGUGCGGACUUGAGACCUCACUUGAGCAGUGGUUGUUGGGAACUUUGUUGAUGGUUUGAUCCGAUUGCAUGGUCUGGACCAGCGAAUGAUUUGUUUUAUCUUUUUGGAGAGCAUGAUCCUUGGGUGCAAGCGAAUGAAGAUAACAUCGAAGGCCAAAGGGGAAUACUUUCAGUCCCAUUGGAAACAAGAAAAUAGGUUAUCUUAUUGUAAAUUCCAUGGUGUUAUUUAAGUAUACCACAUUAAUCCAGUAAUGUGUGCACGUGGGUGUAAGUGUUGUGUUUUGUGUCUUGGUUUGUCUAGUUCUGAAACUUGAUAGAAUAAAAUUUCUGGUGUUGUUGACUU